UCCUUGUUAUGACUGCUAUGUCAAGCAGAGGUUCGGCAACGCUGGUUGAGAUAGGCUUUGAAUAGUUCUCUCCAGCGGUUCGUUUGCAGUCCAAUAAUGUCUAAUAACGGUAUUCAGAUUCCGAGACGUCUUCCUCUGCUCUUGACCCAUGAAGGGGUGCUGUUACCCGGUUCCACCGUGCGGAUUAGCGUCAACACUCCUCGGAACAUGCAGCUUGUUAAGAGUCGCUUGUUGAAGGGGACUUCGUUAAAAAGUACCAUCAUCGGAGUGAUCCCAAACACAAGAGACCCUGACCAUGACACAGACGAUCUCUCCCCUUUGCAUAGCAUUGGCACAGCAGGACUAGCAGUGCAAGUGGUGGGGAGCAACUGGCCCAAACCCCACUACACCUUGCUCAUCACGGGAUUAUGCCGGUUUCGUGUCACUGCUCUGCUGAACGAACGACCAUUUCCUCUGGCUGAGGUGGAGCAGCUGGACAAGCUGGAGCAGUUUUCACCCUCUAUUAGCCUGGAGGAGACGGAGAGGGACGGGGAGCUGGGGGCUCUAUCUCAGGCCUUCUACACGGCAGCUCAGCAGUUGGUAGACAUGCUAGACAUGUCGGUUCCAGUGGUCGCCAAGCUGAAGCGUCUGUUGGACAGCCUGCCCAGGGAGACUCUGCCUGAUGUGGUGGCCUCCAUGAUCCGCAGCUCAAACAAAGAAAAGCUACAGGUGCUGGAUGCAGUGGGCCUCGAGGAGCGCUUCAGGAGGGCUCUGCCCCUGCUGACCCGACAGAUAGAGAGCCUGAAACUGCUGCAGAAGAGCAGGAAGCCCCGGCCCGAUGACGAGAGGAGGGUCUUUUCCGUGCGCAAGGGAGGGGUGCCUUCCGGGCGGCAGUUCUCCCUAGAUGACGAGGCGGGGGAGGAAGAUGGGAAUGACUUCCAGGUCCUGGAGAGGAAGGUGCAUGGGGUCAACAUGCCUGAGGCCUCCCUCAAAGUGUGCCUCAAGGAGCUCAAGAGACUGAAGAAGAUGCCCCAGUCCAUGCCUGACUACUCCCUAACCAUAAACUACCUGGAUCUCAUGGUAGAGCUACCUUGGGACAGGAACACAAAGGACCGCCUGGACAUCGGCGCAGCCCGGGUCCUGUUGGACAACGACCACUACGCCAUGGACAAACUUAAGAGACGCGUCUUGGAGUAUCUGGCUGUGAGACAGCUCAAAAACACACUGAAGGGCCCCAUCCUGUGCUUUGUGGGGCCACCUGGUGUGGGCAAGACCAGCGUGGGACGUUCCAUAGCCAGGACGCUAGGCAGGGAGUUUCACCGCAUUUCACUUGGAGGCGUCUGUGACCAAUCAGAUAUCCGGGGACACCGUCGGACAUACGUGGGGAGCAUGCCCGGCCGCAUUAUAAACGGUUUAAAGACGGUGGGCGUCAACAAUCCCGUCUUCCUAUUGGACGAGGUCGACAAGCUGGGGAAGAGUCUGCAGGGAGACCCCGCAGCUGCCCUGCUGGAGGUCCUGGACCCUGAGCAGAACCACAGCUUCACAGACCACUACCUCAACGUGGCCUUCGACCUCUCCCAGGUCCUCUUCAUCGCCACGGCCAACUCCAUGGCAACCAUCCCCCCUGCGCUACUCGACAGGAUGGAGCUGCUGCAUGUUUCAGGCUACACCCAGGAGGAGAAGGUGGAGAUAGCCAAGCGUCACCUGAUCCCCAAUCAACUGGAGCAACACGGCUUAACAUCCGAGCAUAUCCAGAUACCAGAAGACACCACGCUGGAUGUGAUCCGCAGCUAUACCCGGGAGGCAGGUGUCCGUUCCCUGGAAAGGAAGAUCGGUGCACUGUGCCGUGCUGUGGCUGUGAAGGUGGCCGAGGGUCAAAAGGUCACAGAGCCCGAGCACGAGAGUCUAGACGGCUCAGCUCAAGAGGCGAGAGACACUGCAGCACCACCGGAGAGGCCCAUAGUAAUCGACCACGUCGCCCUCAAAGACAUCCUAGGAGCGCCGCCAUUCGAGAUGGAGGUAUCAGAGCGCCUCACGCUGCCUGGUGUGGCGCUAGGCCUGGCCUGGACCCCUAUGGGGGGGGAGAUCAUGUACGUGGAGGCCAGCCGCAUGGAGGGGGAGGGCCAGCUCACCCUCACGGGACAGCUGGGCGACGUGAUGAAGGAGUCUGCCCACCUGGCCAUCAGUUGGCUGCGAGCUAAUGCUAAAAACUACCAGCUUACCAAUAUGGUGGGGGGACCAGACCCGCUAGACGGUACAGACAUCCACCUCCACUUCCCUGCUGGAGCGGUUACUAAAGAUGGACCCUCUGCCGGCGUUACCAUAGUAACCUGCCUGGCCUCACUGUUCAGCGGCCGAUUGGUCAGGUCGGACGUGGCCAUGACGGGGGAGAUAACGCUCCGAGGACUGGUGCUGCCGGUGGGCGGCAUCAAAGACAAGGUCCUGGCAGCCCACAGGGCCGGGGUGAAGCGCGUCAUCCUUCCCAGGCGCAACGAGAAAGACCUGGAGGACAUCCCGGCCAACGUGCGCUCCCAGCUGGACCUGGUGACGGCGGGAAACCUGGAGGAGGUGCUGAACGCAGCCUUCGACGGCGGCUUCGCCAGGGCGGCCAAGGCUCCGGAGCAUCCCCGGGUCACCAGCAAGCUGUGACCCCCACGGCAGGCGGACGCCACGGCUACAUACCCAGACUGUAAACGCUGACAUUUAGUUUGGGCAUUUACUUUGGAAGUCUUAAUUCCAGUGUUAAUUACCGUAGUUUGAUUGACGUUGCGGUUGUGGUGUCCUUUGAAAUCAUGGAAUAAGGUUUUGAUUGCGUAAAACAUCAUGGCUAAAACAUUUUGCCUAUGCAAUGAUGGACACCUUUAGUUGCAAUUAUUGUUUAAAAUAAUAUUAAUGCUUUUAAAAAAGUGACCAGUUUACUCAAACCUUGCAUUCUGAGUAAUACUGCAUACCUAUUCAAAGCAACUUUAUCUCAGCACUGGCAGAAGUUGAUUUUGUUAAAAAAUAAUAAUAAUGGCAAUGUCAUUAAAUAGCUAUCAUGUUGAUAUAUCAGUCAUAUUAAUUUAGUAGAUUUGGUUAUUGUAAGACAUUGAGAUUAUUCAGAUUCAGAUAACUUUAUACAGGCUGCAACUCAGUCGACAUACAAAAAGGAGAUAGUUUAGCUGACACUUUUUUCCCAAAUGGACUUGCAGUGAAUAUGGAAGCAGCCAUUUAUGAGCAGGUAGGUGUUCAGGGUGCUCAAGGCUGAGCCCCAUUAGGAUGAGGAUCCAUCUGACCACCUUCUGGCUCGGAG